UGUUGAUGUUUGUGCUGCUCUCCAAAAAUCCGCACAAAAAUAAAAUUUUCACUUUUUCGGAAGUGUUGCGGUUCAAUAGCUCGCUAUUAUGAAUUUGGAACUUCUAGAAUCAUUUGGCCAAAAUUAUCCAGAGGAAUUCGAUGGAGCUCUUGACUGCAUUUCCCUAGCCGUGACGUGCUCUUUCAACAAGAGAGGGACUCUGCUCGCUGUCGGUUGCAACGACGGCCGCAUCGUUGUGUGGGACUUCCUUACUCGCGGAAUUGCGAAAAUUAUUAGCGCUCAUGUGCACCCGGUCUGUUCCCUAAGUUGGUCUCGAGAUGGGAAAAAGUUGCUGAGUGCCAGCACGGACAAUAAUGUGUGCAUUUGGGACGUCCUAAGUGGAGACUGUGAACAAAAGUUUAGCUUUCCGUCGCCAAUCUUAAAAGUUCAAUUCAAUCCUCGAUCGGACAACUGGUUUCUUGUGUGUCCCAUGAGGCAUCCUGCAGUACUCGUCAACAUUGAUGGUACUCAUAAAAUCGUUCCGAUGGACGAUGAGGCUGACUUGAACAUUGUCGCAUCAUUCGACCGAAGAGGGGAGUACAUUUUUACAGGAAACACAAAGGGGAGGGUGAUUGUCCUCAGUUGCCCUGAGCUUAAAAACAAAGCAUCUUUCAAAGUGACACAAGGAACUUCAAGCGCCACCGCAGUGAAGAGCAUCGAGUUUGCUCGCAGAGGAGAUUUUUUCUUGGUCAACACUGCCGAUCGAGUCAUCAGGGUGUAUGACAGCAAAGAAGUGAUGACUUGUGGAGACGAUGGAGAGCCUGAGCCGAUUCAGAAAUUGCAAGAUCUCGUUAAUAAAACAAUGUGGAAAAAAUGCUGUUUUUCCGGAGAUGGAGAAUAUAUUUGUGCUGGUUCUGCUCGACAACACGCUCUCUACAUGUGGGAUAAAAACAUUGGAAACCUGGUGAAAAUUCUGCACGGAACAAAAGGAGAGUUGCUUUUGGAUGUUGUGUGGCAUCCUGUUCGACCAAUCAUUGCAAGCAUUUCAAGUGGCGUCGUAUCUAUCUGGGCUCAAAAUCAAGUUGAAAAUUGGUCUGCUUUUGCUCCUGAUUUCAAGGAGUUGGACGAGAACGUUGAAUACGAGGAGCGAGAGUCGGAGUUUGACAUCAAUGACGAAGACAAAGAAGUGGAGUCGCAGAUUGAGAAGCUAGACGAGGAUUGUGAAAUUGACGUCACAGCUGUUGAUCCCAUCGCCGCUUUCUGCAGCUCUGAUGAGGAAGAUAUCAUCGACGAAGAAUCAUCGUUGCAGUUUUUGCCGAUCGCACCAGAAGUGGAAGAUCCGGAGGAAGGAUGGGGAGCACCCGGCUCCAUGCCUGUCCCAACUCAAUCCACAGAAUUAGGAAAGAGGCCAGCUGAUUCUGAGAGUAAAGAAAAUACGCAGCCCAAGAAACCAAAGUUCAACUCGUUUGACAUCAAACUUGAAAAUGCACCAGUGGAAGAAGUGCACCCAUUUUUGGCAAACAAAGUGAAGGACAAACAGUCUUCCAGCUUGUCGACCAAUUCAAACAAAAACAAAGCUGGCCGACCAAAAAUUUCCUCUCGAACAUCAACGGACGAGAAGAAACGGUACGAUUAACUGAGCGUGUGUAAAUCACAGACAUUGUAAAUUGUAAGUGCAAAUAUUUUGAUAAUUAGCUGCGUUGUUAGUUAAAAUCUCAUUAAAUGGGUAUCACAUAAUAUAGGAACUGAAUUAUUGCCUUAUUUAAUAUAAUCGUGGGAAUAAAUUGCAAAUGUGUGGACAUUUGUAAUCGGCUCCGAUCUCUCCAACACUGCCAAGUUGGUGGUGUUGUCUACUUGGAAAUCGUAAGCAGAUCUGCUCAAUGGCAACAUAGUAUCUGCGUCCACAGUAUUAGGCCACAGCAGAGUAGAUUUAAACUCAGCCUCUAUUUUGAUGUGCCCGAAUUCGGUGAGUUCCGAAUAAGAACUCGCUGUAAAAGGGUUCGAGCAACUGAGUUUGGUGUCAUCGGCGCAGGCAACAAGUGCACAAACUUGCAUUUCCGUUUCAUAUCUGCCCACCAAGUGGGUUCGAAUACCGUCAAACGCCAGCAGUUGGUAGUGGAAGUUGAAAACAUCUUUGUUCAAAAUUUCAAACGUCAGGUUGCAGCAGAGCAUGUUGUCGCAUGCUUGAAUGGUGCCUUUGAGCAUGUUUUUAGGCACAGGGACUGCAGUGUAGUCCUGCAAAUUAUCUUCAGUGAUGAGCAUGUAAUUCUCCACAGGCUUCUGAGCAAAUGGGUUGAUUCCAUUUCGUUCGAUAUUAUUUCGAUUAACUAUUUGGGUUUUAAGUUUUUGGGAAAUUUGGGUCGGAACUUCUGCCACAACUAAUUUGCUUGUGACAUUCUGUUCAAUCGUGGCAAACAGAUCUCCUGCAGUUUUUCCUAAGUAAAUUCCGCUGCCAGUGUGACCCGCUUCAGGCUCGUUGUAACCAGAGGCCAAAACGUUGACCUGGUUGCCAUAUGCAAAGGCUGCUUGUGCCUGCGGACCUGUAAAAUUUUUAAUUUUAAAUUAUUGCUAAUGCUAACUCUGGUUUCAUGUGAUUGAAAAAUCUUUUGAUAUGAUAUUUUAGAGAUGAUUGUCAUUACUUUAUUGUCAUAUUUAGCUCAGAUUAUUU